GGGGGCCGCCGCUGAUCAGGCGAUGAAGUGCAGAGAAUGAGAGCUGUGCUUCGGCCUACUGCAGCUGGGAUUGUGCAGAUCCGCUCCCACAAACCGAGGAAAACACUCGCUUUGUGCCACAUUAUCAAACAUCCGCUGCCGGUUUCACGCUGACCGACCUCCAAAUGCUCGCUUGUGUGAGUCCCUCACUGUGUUUCUGUGAUGGCACAGUGUCACCACCUCUACUACAGCCUCGGCGCUCCUCCAUUCACUCCUCUAGUCAGCGAUCGCCAUGACCCACAGCCGUCAGACAAAGCGGAUAUAGUCAUGACAACAUGAACCAGUCCUACAGGCCGGCUGUUAGGGUGGGCUCAGUGUUUGGCUCAGGCAAGCCAGAGCGGAGGCCCCGCAAUGGUCUUGGGAACCAAUGUGGCAUUGUGAAACGUGGGUCGGACCAAGCUUCGGCCGCGCAACUGCCAUCCUCCAGCCUCAAACAGCCAGCUGCACUGGGGUACAAUCAGCCGGACCGAUCUCACAGCUUCAGCCCGCUGAAGAGGCUGCAGGACCUGAACUCUGUGGUCAACAGGCCUGACCCAGAGAGGGACCUCCAUCCUAGGAGCCACUUGCACUGUGCGAGCCCAAUCAGUGACGACGACGACGACGGCGACGAUGAUGAGUUUGAGGCACCGUCUGUCCAGGUGCCCACUUCUCCGGGCAACGAUGAUGUGGAGCCCUUUGAGACUCUGCAGGACGUGAACAGAAAUGGCUUCUCCCCUCACAGUCCUGACAGCAUGGAGCGCUGUUCUCCCAUCCCCAAUGGCUACCUGCAUUUUGAAUCCACGCUGUUUGACAGCAGUGACAUCAAGGAGGAGGGGGAGGACAGUAGUAGUGAGGACAUGGCAACUUUGCACCGCUCCCCAAAGCAAAGUCGGGACCGAACUGUGGCUAAUAGUAAGACCACGAGCAGCUCAGGGGCGGAUAAAAGAACAUACAAACCUACUGUCUUUAACCUGAUGUCAAAAACUAUAUCUGAGCUCAACCCUACACUAAGCCCCAGCGCACUGCCAGAAAUCACUAUGAGAGACAGGUGGAGCUUCGGUGAGGAAUCAGACAGUGAUGGUGAACUUGCAUCUCCUGUUGACCCUGGACUUGUUUCACCAGCUGGCACCAACUCGAAUUCCAAUAGCCCAAAGAAGAAGCCUCUUCCUGUAGUGAAAUACGUUGAAAGGGACUUCGUGUGGGCUAAAUUCAACAGACGGCCCUGGUGGCCCUGCCAGAUCAGCUGUGACCCAGACCAGGGGAUCUACACUAAGAUGAAAGUUCCCCAUCCCCGUCCUUGUCGGAUGUAUUUCCUGAAAACCAUUGGGGAGAUUGCAGAAUGUGCCUGGGUCCCCGGAAAUGCCAUUCUUCCUUUUGAGGGAGGCCACCAGUUUCAAGACCUACCUGUGCUCAGACGGAGAGGGAAGCAGAAGGAGAAAGACUACAAGUAUACGAUACCCAAAAGUUUACUGACUGCGUGGAAAGUCAGUGUGGCAGAAGCUGAGGGUCUGCUCCCAGAUCAACAAAGGAAUACUGAAAGCGGUUUGUCAAUACCUGACAAUGGAGAAGAGCGUGUGCCAAGCCCACUGCCAGCUGAAAAGCAACAGGACGCCCCCUCUGUCUCUGUGGAUACUGGUCGACCUCCAUCACCCAAUAUGGCUUCCAACGGAAAAGAGCACGAUCUCAUCAAAGACUCUCCUUCAGUUCAGUCCAAUAAGAGCAAAGCUUGUAAGAGGAAAAAGAAAUGUUUGUCAGACAUAUUUGGUCAUAUAGUUGGUGGCACACAGGACUCAUCAUCCAUCACAAACAUGGCGGAAACGUUUCAUACAACAACUCGUACACUGAAAGAUGAGCCAAAGGACUCACCUUAUGCAGACCUGGAUUCAGUUCCAAUACUGCAUCGUCCCAAACGCACAUUAGAGUCUCCAUUACGCAAUAUAAACAGAUUGGUCAGAAAAGAACGGGGUUCAGCAAAAGCUAAAACAAAGGUUCCUGAAAAAGUGAACCAUUCUACAGACUUAGGGUUGACAUCUAAAGACACACAUUCUGGACAGAGUUUGGGCAGCUGUAAUGAGUCGUCGUACAGUUCAACUGAAAAGCACUCUAUGAAUCUCCCUGCCAGCAGCCGUCUGAUGACGAGGGCUCUGAGAGCAGAGGAAGAGACCGAUCUCAAAGAUGCACUGGCCACAAGCCAAAUCUCAACAGAUGCGCACGCUGAUGAUUGUCCUGACAAGACACCUACUGAUGCACCCAUCAAAACUGAAAGGUCUCCUAACCGGGAAUCAGCAAGCAAUGCGUCAUCCUCUAAAAAUCACAGCUCUUCAACUAAGCAUGCUAGGAAGCCUGAUAAGAAACAAAUUCGUAAUGGCUCAUUGAUGAAGACUAAGUGCAUGGACUCAGGUGUGCAACCGGUCAAGGUCAAGACCGAAAACCCAGAUCGGUCAACUUCUAUUUCCCCGUCCUCAUCUCUGUCUCCAAUGGAUGCUUUCCAAGAUGUCAAGGAACUCAUGUUUAAAUCUCUUGUGAAGGAGGACCACAGUGACUCUGAGCAGACCGCAUUUCGGACUGAUUCCAAUUAUAAAUUCAGCACCUUCCUGAUGCUCCUGAAAGACAUGCAUGAUACCAGAGAACAAGAAGGUAAACCCCUGUCUGUCCCGCCGUCCCCAGUCCUGAUCAAGGAGGAACCCCUGGUCAUCCCUACGUCUGCCGGAGGACACCAGAAGGGUUCCUGUGAUGGUUUCACCCAAGGGAUCAAAAAAGAGAACGGGAGGUCAGGGAAAUCCUCAACACCCAAAAACACAGCGGUGAGAAGCAAGAAUAGGACCAAAGCUAUCAUGUCAGCUGACACCUACCAUUGUGAAGUGUUUCCUGUUCGCUCUCGGACUGUGAACUCGGACAAGCAGCGUCGAAAACAAAGACUACCUGCCAAACUAAAUCUCAGCAUACCUGGGCUGUCUUCAGACCUGGCUGGUUUGGCUUAUGGCAGGGAGUUUGUUAGUGGCCACGCUGACUUAGCUGUUCCUGGGUCUUGCCCUCCCGCCACCGCUGAUCCGUCGGCUAGCUACCUCGAUAAAAACUCAGGAUCCACAGUGGCUCCAAAGAAGCGCUGGCAGAUGGUCGAGGGGGCUGCUGAGAAUAAGGGUGCAGUUAUGAGUGAGGAGUCCGCUGAGAUGAAUGGGUCCUACAACAUGAGAGCAUCACCAGAACUGGACCUGGGAGUGGAGAAGCAGGCAGAGAAUGACUCGCUCUUCUCAGACACAUCCGGACAUUCAGAGAACAAGCGUCUCCGGAAACCAACGAAAAGGCUCCUGGAGUCAACUGAAGAGUAUGAACAAAUAUUUUCCCCAAAAAAGAAAUCAAAGAAACACACCUCAGAAUCUUCCAAAACGCCGCCAUCAGGGACGAUAGCACUCCAUGAUCUCAGCACCGCAACGGGAAUAAUUACCUCAGCCUCGUCUUCUGUUGAGCCCAUCGAGGCUUUGGAAAAGCUGGAGCAGAGUCCAUCUCAGGAUGAACUUUCUCCUGUAGCAUCCCCACUAUCUCCAGCUACAACACAAACCUCCCUUGAUGCAGAGACAGCAGAAGAAACUGAUCUACCUCCUGAUUCUGACACAGGGUUAUCGGUCCAAGACAGAAAGAGGCCAAGGAAGCUGUCUCACAAGGUGCUUGAAUGUACCAUAGAAGAAGUCUCUGUUGCUCAUACAAAGAAGAAGGAGCCAAAGCGACAAGAAAACUCAGUCAAGAAAACUCAGGUUGGAUCUGUGAAGAAAGAGAAGCCUGCACCCAGUGCAUCCUCUGCUCCUGCUGCUGCCCCCCAGCAAUCAGAAAGCAAAGACCUCCCCGAAACUCCAAACUGGCCUCCCAGCCCUCAGGGAUCCAAGAUGCCCCAGCAGGAGGCCGACGUGGAGGCCUGCAGCACCGAGGAGAAAGAAAAUGCACACACUGGAACACUAACUCCCAAACCUGAGGUGCUGCUGUCUGUUAGUUUGAAUGACAGCCUCUCUUCUCCAGUGGAUGUAAAGGGGAAAAUAGGAGCUACAUCCUUGAAGGAGAAUGUCUGUCAGGUGUGUGAGAGGACAGGAGACCUGCUGGUGUGUGACGGCCACUGUUACGGAGCCUUUCACCCGCAGUGUAUUGGCCUGUCUGUGGCUCCCAAGGGGAAAUUCCUCUGUCGUGAAUGCAAUGCUGGUAGGAACUACUUGUGUCUACUUGACAAAGGACCGAAUCUGUCACUGAUCAUAAAAUGUGUGACCUUAAACACAAUAAUUUUUCUUAUUUUCUUUCUGUUGCUUUCAGGUGUUCACACAUGCUUUGUGUGUAAGAUGUCCGGUAAUGGAGUAAAGCGCUGCAUUAUUCCAUUGUGUGGGAAGUUCUACCACACCGACUGUAUAUCGGCAUAUUCAGCCACCCAGCAACAUAACAAAGGCUUCCGCUGCCCUCUGCAUGUGUGUCUGUCCUGUCGCAUCACCAACCCUCUGAACAUCUGGAGCACUAAAGGUCGGUUGGCUCGAUGUGUUCGCUGCCCUGUGGCCUAUCAUGCCAACGACAACUGUAUGGCAGCAGGCAGCCUGGUGCUGGCAAACAAUAGCUUCCUCUGUCCAAACCACUUUACUCCCCGCAAGGGCUGCAAGAACCACGAACACAUCAACGUUAGCUGGUGCUUUGUGUGCUCUGAGGGGGGCAGUCUGCUGUGCUGUGAGUCCUGUCCUGCUGCUUUCCAUCAGGAAUGUUUGAAUAUAGAAAUGCCACAGGGCAGCUGGUUCUGCAACGACUGCAAAUCUGGAAAGAGGUCUCGCAUUAAGGACAUACUGUGGGUCAAAUGGGGACGUUAUAGGUGGUGGCCUGCAGAAGUCUGUCUGGCCAAAGACGUCCCAAAUAACAUCUUGAGGAUGAAACAUGAGGUGGGAGAGUUUCCGGUGCAAUUCUUUGGCUCAAAAGAUUUUGUGUGGACGUACCAAGCCAGAGUCUUCCCCUACAUGGAGGGUGACACUCACAACAUAGAGAAAAUGGGAAAGGGAGCAGAUGCAGUGUACAAAAAUGCGCUGGCUGAAGCAGCAGAGCGGUUCAUAGAGCUCCAGAAAGAAAAGGAGAUGAAGCAGCUUCAGGAAAACCGAAAGAAUGACAAGAAACCUCCUCCAUACAAGCACAUUAAGGUCAACCGGCCAAUUGGUAAAGUGCAGAUCGUUACUGCCGACAUGUCUGAGAUCCCACGUUGCAACUGUAAGGCGUCUGACGAGAACCCGUGCGGGAUCGACUCCGAGUGCAUUAACCGCAUGCUGAUGUAUGAGUGCCACCCUCAGGUGUGCGCGGCAGGGGAGCGAUGUCAGAACCAGGCCUUCACAAAGCGCCAGUACACGCCUGUGGAGAUUUUCAGAACACUGUCCCGCGGCUGGGGUUUAGUCGGUUUGUCGGACAUCAAGAAGGGAGCCUUCGUGAGUGAAUAUGUGGGAGAGGUGAUCGAUGAAGAAGAAUGCCGAGCCAGGAUCAGACACGCCCAGGAGAACGACAUCUCUAACUUCUACAUGCUUACACUGGACAAGGACCGGAUCAUUGAUGCCGGGCCCAAAGGGAACCAGGCUCGCUUCAUGAACCACUGCUGUCAGCCAAACUGUGAGACUCAGAAGUGGACUGUGAAUGGGGACACCAGAGUGGGGCUGUUUGCUCUACAAGACAUCCCAAAAGGGGUGGAGCUGAAUUUCAACUACAACCUAGAGUGUCUUGGAAAUGGCAAAACUGCUUGUAAAUGUGGAGCACCCAACUGCAGUGGUUUCCUGGGGGUCAGGCCAAAGAACCAGCCACCAGCUGAGAAACUGAAGGAAGGUAAGAGGAGGGUCCCCAUGAAGAAGAAGACCAAACAAGAAGUGACCAAGGAGAGGGAAGACGAGUGCUUCAGCUGUGGUGACGGGGGCCAGAUAGUGUCCUGUAAGAAGCCGGGUUGCCCCAAAGUCUAUCACGCUGACUGUCUCAACCUGGCCAAGAGGCCUGCAGGGCGAUGGGAGUGUCCGUGGCACCAGUGUGACGCCUGUGGUAAAGAGGCAGCUUCGUUCUGUGAGAUGUGUCCCAGCUCUUACUGUAAGGAGCAUCGUGAAGGCAUGCUCUUCAUCUCCAAACUGGACGGCAAGCUGUCCUGCAGUGAACAUGACCCCUGUGGCCCCGACCCGCUGGAGCCGGGGGAGAUUCGAGAAUACGUGCCCAACAUGACCUCCAUGAGGCCGGGGGCCGCGGCCGGGCCUGUCUCUCUCUCCCAGGGCCCAGACUCCAGAGAAGCCAGCUCGACUUCCAUCGCUUCCCCUGCUGACCAGGCUGCGUUGGCCGGGCAGGGGCCUCCUCCUCGUCUCUAUAUCAACACAAAGACUGCUACCUCGAGCUUCGUCCCCUCCAGCAGGUCUUACCGCUCAGACAGGACUGAAGGGAAAGGGUUCUCCACUCCCACCUCCUCCAAGGACGAAAGAGAGGACGGUGAGGUGGAGGACGGGGAGGUGUGUGGGUUGGAGGUGGAGGACCUGGAAGAUGACGAUGAAGAAGCAGAGGAAGAAGAUGAUGACAUGGAGGAGAUGGAGGUGGUGGAAGAUGAGGAGGAUGAGCCGCUUUAUGGAGAUGAUCUGCAGGAGGAAGGCGAGGACGAAGAGGAGGACGGAGGACAGCAUGUGUAUGACACUUGGGCUGAUUAUGUGGAUGAUGAUGAGGAUGAUGAUGAUGAGGAUGGAGAAGUGGAGGGGAAGGAGUGGGGGAGAGUGGAGGACGAUGACAAGUGACUCAGUCCACCUGUUCCUACAUGACAACUCAGCAAAAUCUCUCAACUGACUUUCAAAGGACUAAAAAGUUAAGAAAAGACUUGAGAGAUUUGAUAUUUUGGUACCUACCUGAACGCAACACUGCCUUCACUUUGGUACCGCGUUGCCUUGUCCCCAGACUGCUGGACUCACAGUGGGGAUGUGUACUGGUGCUAAGGCUGGAGAACUGACUCAGUCCGUCUCUUUAUACUUAUGUCGAUAUGUUUGUGUCUGGUGCUGUUAUGUUCUUUUGUUUGUUCUUUCAACAUUGUUUACAUAUUUUGGCCUUUUUUUAAUGUUUGGAAUAUAAGAAAAAGGUGAGAAGUUUAACCUGACCAAACUGUCAUCAUAAGGGCAUCUUAUGUUACUGUCACUGUCUUAACCUUGUAGUUCUAAUUACAAGAGUGAUCAAAAUGGAGUUUUCACUGGUCCAUGUUACAGUCGGGCACAACAAUGCCUGCUUGGUGCUUCUGAGGAAUGCAAAAAUAAACCCACUGGAGUCAUCAAGACUUUAGAUGAUUCUUCUCACUACAAAAACAGCCUGUUCAUUCUGUGUUUUACAGUUUCUAUCAACAGUUGGGUCAGAUAUCAGAGAAAUAAAGUAACGUCAUGACAUUCUACAUC